UUUUUUUCUCCGCGGUCGAGUACCUCGGAAGGAAGGGAUACGACUGCUUGACGGGCAGCAAGACCGCCGACGACUUCGUGGGAUGCUGGAUGGACCACGACCCGCGGUUGAUGGGUGGCGAUAAGUGGGUGCACCCCGAGGCUGCGGCGUGCGCUGGUGGCGCGUGCGCGGCGGGGGCCGUCGCCGCGGUGGGAUGCGGCGCGCAGAAGACCAAGGUGCCGUUCGUGGGCAAGACGGUCGGGACGGACCACAGCGAGGCGACCGUGAGCGUCCGAAGGAGGGACGCCACGAAGUACUGAUGCCCGCGCGAAGACGUGCGGUGAAGUAAAAGUUAGCGACGGACCCACUCGCGGAGGCGAGACGGCGACGCGUGAGCCGAAGACGUGACGGCGAUCCCGAUGAAACGCACCUCUCGCGAGGAACGCGUCCGGACCGACCCGAUGCACACGGCUCGCGCGCGCGCGCCCCGCCAUCACGCGAGCCGCCGCGUUCGUUAAACACCGCUUGCUGCUGUAAGAAUACCAAAACCGAAGUUGCU